AUGGCGAAACCUUUUUGGGGCAGUUCAAAGAAAGUACAAAGAGAUCUUAAAUUGGAGCCGGAAUUAAAGACAAGGAUUUUCGUGCAUAAGAGAUUCAACCGCUGGUGCGUACCAUUCCCAGGGUCGGAGGAAAUCGUUGUUGAGCGAACCCAGAACUAUUUUAAGCACUCCCGUCCAAUACAGUUUAAGCGUUACCAUUCCCUACCAUCUCUUUUCAGUUCUCUCGCUUCCAUUAUUGGUGGCUUCCUCAUCCUUCUCCUAUUGAAAUUCUUCUGUUUAUCUACUUUCUUUAUAAAAUACCCAAGGAUCGCCUCACUGGGGCUGGUAACGUAUGGAGAUCCAGAUGAAAAGAUAAUGGAAAAACUGAGAUUUGAUUAUCUGAUGGUGGGAGUUGGUUGGAAGGGAGAUGUAAAGGGAGCUCCACGGGACGAGAUGAUAGUCGAAGUUUACCCAAUUGGUAAACGAAAUGCGCCAUACGAGGGAACGGCGAUUGCUGUAAUCUACUCUGCACUCACUAUUCUUACGGAGAGAGAAAAAAUUCCCAAAUGUGGAGUUUUAACGCCCGGAGCAGCCUUUAAGAACACAUCAAUAAUUGAUAAAUUGAACAACGAUCGCUUGAAAUUCGAAAUCAAGGACACGAAUAAAAUUUAA